AUGACUUGUAGACCGGUCUAUACACCAUACGUUCGUAAGGGAUUUGUGCAAUUUAUGGAAGAAACGAACGAGUUGUUGCAAUUUGUCAUUGAAUCAACGAAAAAUGAAAAAACGCCAGUGAAAUUGAGAGAAUUAUGCAGAGAAUUCAAAGAAACAAGUGGAAACCCGAAUUCAGCAUUAAGUCUGGUGAAGAGACUGCAAACUCUGAAAAUUCACGAAAUGAAUAAUUUGACAAUCGAUACGAAGGUUCGAUUGAUUUUCGCGAUGAGCAUACCAAUCGAUCCGGAUUUUUUCACUGAACUGCAAUACCAGGCGACUGUGAAGAUUGACAAUCAUCAGCGAAUUGUUGAAUAUGAAACAAUUGGAGGAGGUCUCAAGCUCAGUGGCAAGCAUUUCCCAACCUGUCCGGAAAUCGACAGAAAGAACCGAAUAAUGCUGAUGUUUCUCGCGAGAAAGACAGAAACUGUUGAUUAUCCACUCUCACCCACUAUAUUCAUGGAUGAAUUCGAAGCAAAAUUUUUAAAUCCUGAAAAAAGACGCACUGCGGUAAAACGAUAUAGAGAGUUGAAAAACAAAAUAUAUUGGGCGACUGAAUACGAUAAGGUUACGAGAAUGAAGAUGAUGUUCAUUUCUGGCGGAAAAGUUCCCGAAUGUUUCCUCAGAGAGCUUCGAGAAGAUGCAUUGGUAGAUGUUGACGAAGAAAAUCGAAUUAUUCUUUAUCAAUCAAUCGAUGGAAGUCUCAAUUUGCAAGGAGAUCACAGUCUAUCGAUAAAAAUGAUGAUGGUUGCAGAUCAUCGGAAAAGAUUACAUAUUGAGAAGCUUGAGUCCAAUAAAGAAUUGGUGGAAGUGAAGAAGAGAGAAACUGAGGAAGAAGAGACAAUUGUUGAUAUGCCUUCAAUGAAGAGAAAUGAGAGAUUAACGAAGUAUGAUGUUGAGUGGUGGCCAUCGAUGAGAACGACAGCUAUAACGAAGAAACGUAUCAAAGAAGAGCAUAAUUACGCAGCGUUCAAUAAUCAAUACAUCGACACCAUUCCUGUUCAAGAAUCCAUUCCGUCUAAUAAUAAUUCGGAUUUAAUUGACGAAGUUAAGAAUGAGAAUGAUUGA